CGAGUUCAACCUUGGAAGCCAGUCAGAAGCUCUGCACAGUUUGCCGUGACGACACUAUACACGCAACGCACACUCAGCCUGCCUCGGACUCGCCGCCUGCCUUCGCAUCGCACGCCCUCCUCGCAUCGCCGACCAAUUUCCUGCAGGCUCUACCUGCAUGUACUGCUGCUUGUUACUUUGCUCUCUACUCAAGGCCCGUAGGCGAAUGGGACUGGCAAAGACCUGGCGGUGUAACCAACCCGCGCUGGCCAUGACGCGACCGACAUCCGGGCUGUCUAGCUGGUCAAACCGUACUUGUGCGCAACAGUCUAGCUUCUUGACUGCGUAUGGCUUGUGUGCGGAACGCGAAAGCCGGUCGGUGUGCUCUGGGCUCUGCGUCGGGCAAGACGCGCGAAGGGAAGCAACACAGGCGAAACGGGCGGGCUUGCUUCGACUGCCUGAACCCCUUCCCCGCCCUCAGCCUGGGCAAGCACCGACACGUCAUCGGGAUCUGCCUCGCGGGCGGUCUCUUUGCGCUGGCGAAGUGGACGUUCCUCGACGCGGCGAUCCUCUCCGCGCACGCGCACGACCCGUGGAACGACGCGCUCGACCCGUGGAACGAUGCGCUCGACCCGUGGAACGACGCGCUCGACCCGCGCCUGCACGUCGCCUUCGUCGACUGGGUCCCCGGCAUCUGCUCGCUCCUCGGCAUGAUCACCAUCAACCUCAUUGACAAGGACCGCGUCCGCGGCGAGGAGGGCUUCGGCGACGCCGCUGCGGUCUGGCGCGCGCGUCUCAUUCUGUUCACUGUCGGGUUCGUGCUCAUGGCGGGCGGUCUUGCGGGCAGCGUGACGGUUCUGGUGCUGAAGUACGCGGUGAAGGACUACCCGGAGCAGUUCCUCUACUACGGCUACGCGAACGUCUCGCAGAACAUCGCACUCAUGCUGUCCGCUGUCGUCCUGUGGAUAUCCCAAAGUGCCAGCUCCGAGUACGAGUAUGACCUCGCUAUCUAGCGCUGUAACUAUAU